UCAGUUAGCUCCUGCGCUAGUAGCCGUGGGGACUCUGGUGUUGUGUGUCACAUGGUGACGUGUAUUUUUGUUUCUUGUGUGUCGUCAGUCUGCUGGAUUCGUUAAAAUGCCCUGUGAGAGGAAGCCGAUGCGUUACGGACACUCUGAGGGACACACUGAUGUCUGCUUCGAUGACACCGGCAGAUUCAUUGUAACCUGUGGAAGUGAUGGAGAUGUUCGUAUAUGGGAGAGUCUGGAUGAUGAUGACCCAAAAUCCAUCAACGUUGGGGAAAAGUCUACUCUCCGCACUCAAGAAAGGGAAGCUGGUGACUGCUGCUUCCAACAACACUGUGCAGCUCCACACGUUUCCUGAUGGCGAUCCUGACGGCAUCUUGACCCGCUUCACCACCAAUGCCACGCAUGUCACCUUUAACAGCAGUGGCUCCAGAGUUGCUGCCGGCUCCAGUGACUUCAUGGUUAAAGUGGUUGAUGUGUCUGACAGCAGCCAACAGAAAACGCUCCGUGGCCAUGAUGCCCCCAUUCUGAGUGUGGCCUUCGACCCCAAAGAUGAUUUCCUGGCCUCUGCCAGCUGUGAUGGAUCAGUUGUAGUCUGGAAUAUUGAGGAGCAGACUCAGGUGAUCACAUGGCCUGUUCUGCAGAAGACCAAUGACAUCAGUAAUGCCAAGUCUUUGUGUCGACUGGCCUGGCAGCCUGGGAUGGCGAAGUUUAUAGCUGUUCCUGUCGAGACAAAGGUGCACCUGUACCAGCGAGGCUCCUGGGAUCAUGUGGGCACUCUGUCUGAUGACCUGCUGUCACAGCCAAUCAACGUGGUGACCUGGUCACCAUGUGGACAGUUUCUGGCAGCUGGCAGUGUGGCAGGGUCACUGACAGUGUGGGAUGUGAACAGUAAACUGUGUGUGGAAAGGCAGAAGCAUGAGAAAGGCUACACGGUGUGCGGACUGGCUUGGAAUCCAUCAGGGACCCAGAUCGUUUACACCGACACGAAGGGCUGCCUGGGGCUUCUGGAUGAACUUGGAAACUCAACAACCAACAGCAAGACCACUACGGUAUCAUUGAAUAAGUCUGCAGAAGACUAUGAUGGCCUGUUUGAUGAUGACGAUGACCGGGUCAUGGACGAAGGGCUGAGUGACACCAACUCACCUGCUAAGAGACCUGCCAUUGGUGAUAACGACGAUGAUGAUGAUGAUGAUCUCGUGCCUUCAACAGGGCGGAUGAAGAACAGACGCUUGUUCCUAGAUGAUAACUCACUUGACACAGGCUUGUUGAAGAUUGGGCAAGAUAAAUAUGGAGAUGAUGAUGAGGAUGCAGGUAGCAACACCCUGCCAGCAGCUGGUCCUCCGUUGCCUUUGCGUCCCAUCUAUGUAGGACCCAUGCCAACACCCCUGCAGAAGGCCUUUCAGCCCGCCUCCACGCCUGUGCAUCUCACUCACCGCUUUAUGAUGUGGAAUUCUGUAGGAAUAGUACGUGGCUACAAUGAUGACCAGGACAAUGCCAUCGACGUGGAGUUUCAUGACACGGCUGUGCAUCACGCCAUGCACAUCACCAACUCUUUGGCUCACACCAUGGUUGACCUCUCCCAGGAGGCAGUGCUCUUGGCGUGUCCCAGCACAGAUGAACUCGCCAGCAAGCUUCAGUGCCUUCACUUCUCAUCAUGGGACACCAACAAGGAGUGGAUAGUGGACCUACCAAAGGGCGAGGAUGUGAGGGCGUUGUGCCUGGGUCAGGGCUGGGCAGCAGCUGCCACCAGCACGCUGAUGGUCAGGCUUUUCUCCAUAGGAGGAGUUCAAAAAGAGAUCUUCAGCCUGCCGGGUCGUGUGGUGUGCAUGGCAGCUCACGGAGAGCAGCUGCUCAUUGUCUACCAUCGAGCUACAGGUUUUGAUGGUGAUCAGGCUCUUGGUGUCCAGCUGCUGCACUUUGGUCGAAAGAAGAGACAGGUCAUUCAUGGUGAAGCUUUCCCCCUCUCUCACAAGUCCUACUUGUCCUGGCUUGGAUUUACUGCUGAGGGUACUCCAUGUUAUGUGGAUUCGGAGGGUGUGGUGAGGAUGCUGAACCGCUCACUGGGGAAUACAUGGACACCAGUUUGUAACACCAGGGAAACCUGCAAAAGCAUAUCUGACCACUACUGGGUGGUCGGUGUGCAUGAGAACCCACAACAGCUCAGGUGUAUUCCAUGUAAGGGUUCCAGGUACCCCCCAACUCUGCCCCGGCCUGCUGUGGCUAUCCUGCCCUUCAAGCUGCCCCUCUGCCAAACCACCACAGAAAAGGGUCAGAUGGAGGAGCAGUUCUGGCGUUCAGUCCUCUUCCACAACCAUUACAGCUUUCUGUCAUCCAAUGGUUAUGAGAUUGAUGAGGAUGGAGAGAGUCAGGCCCAGAAGGAGCAGCAGGAGCUGCUCAUGAAGAUGUUUGCACUAUCCUGCAAGCUGGACAGAGAGUUCCGCUGUGUGGAGCUGGCAGACCUGAUGACUCAGAACGUCGUGACCCUGGCCAUCCGAUAUGCAUCUCGAUCUAAACAUAUGGCUCUUGCCCAGCGGCUCAGUGAGAUUGCCCUCGAGAAAGCAAACCAGGAAGAAAUGCAAGAGGAGCAGGAAGAGGAACCUGCCUAUUCAAAUAUCAGACAAAUGUCUGGGUAUGACCAGGAGGAGUCUGCAGGAGGAAGUUACAGAACCAGAAAUGAUCAGGAAGAGGAUCAGGAGGAUGAAGACAGACAGAACGUUGAGAUAGAGGAAACCCAGAAACGAGUGAAUCUGUUUGCUAAAGAUGACGCUUCACCAGUGAAGCUGUCUCUGAAACCACUUGUUAAAGAAGGACGCGUCAAUCCAUUCAAGGUCCUCGGCUCAGGGAAAUCUUCUGCUUCAUCUGCUCAGCCAAGAGUGACCAACAUCUUGGACAGCAUGACAUCCAGUAGAAGGUCCACAGGUUCACUCAGUGGAUCUACAGGGAAGUCAAAUAAAAGCCCCGUCCUGAAACCACUUGUUCCAAAGCCAAAGACAAAGACCCAGUCUACACUGAUGCAGGUCACCAGCUGUAAGGCAGUGGAUAAGAAAACUCAGCGGAAUGUGCAACAGAGUGCUGCGCCACUGAAGCAAGUGGAUGUACCGCCUCCAGCUUCAUCUCCAGAUAAUACUGAAAAUAAGAGGCCGAAGACAGGCUUCCAGCUGUGGUUGGAGGAGAACAGGAAGCAUAUAGUUGCUGACCACCCUGACCUGGAGGAGACUGACAUCAUCAAGGAGGCCAUGGGGUGUUUCAGGACCCUGUCAGCAGAGGAAAGGCUGUCCUGGACAGAAAGAGCAAAAGGACAGACUGAAGACGCAACAGAUUUGAAGAAGAGGAAAAGAGCGGAAGGAGGAGAAGCUGCAGAAAAUGACUAUGGACAGACUGAAGAGGAGGCAAAUGGUGCAAAAAAGAAAAAAUGUUUGGAUCCUUCCUCUAAACUUCAGGCUUUUGCAUUUAACAAAAAUUAAAUGGUUCUAAAGUUUUGUUGACAACAGUUGUUGCUGAUAUUGUUAAAUUUGAAAUUGUUGAUGUCCCACUGAAACUGGUUUCUGUGCAGUUGUUAAAUUGUUUGUCUGAGAGAGAGAGUGAGUUGAUCAAAAUAUUAUGUGCUUUGUCUGUAGUUUGUUGCUUGAACCAAACAUUUGAAGACUUUUAAAAACACCAUUGAGAGUGCGUGACUGGUUUUCUAUAACUACAGCUC